AUGGAAAAACUAGAACUUGCUAUCGCCAAUGAACAAGCACGACAAGAAGCACGAAAAGCUGCUGGUAAAGCGAAACCAUUACCCGAGUUAGAUGAGGAAACGUCGGUUUCUACUUCUACAUCAAUCAAAGAUCAUCUUCAAUCAACACGCGCGACAUCAUCAACAUCACACAAAACAAUAUCAACACCUUCCACUUUAACAUCAUCCAAUAAUAUUACACCAGUACAAACUGAUUUCACGAAUCUUCUUGCUCCCACUAACAUCAAUUCCUUCACACACGUUAGCGAUGUUUACGCCGCUAUGCAAUCCAGAUACGAAUUCUGUCUUAAUAUAAGAGACGCUAAAUUCCUCGCACGUCAAGACGUUUUUCUGAAACGGUCUCCACCUACGAGUGAAGAUGAAACAUCCGACGACAAUAAACGCCCGAAAUCAAAGAUCAUCAGCGAUACCGACACUUCUUCCUCAGGGACAAUACCAUAG